AUGUCAGACGUCGAUCUCAAGAAUGUUGUAAUUAUCGGCUCUAAUAGCUCCAUAAAUGUCAUAAAAAACAUACACAGCAAACUGCCAAAGACACAUCGCAUCGUGCUCAUCGAGGCUAAUGAAUAUGCCUACUUUCCACCAGCAGCAUUGAGAGCCUCAGUAUCACCCUCAUGGGAGAACCAAGUAAUGACCUCGCUCGAAAACCUCUUCAGUGAGAAAUCGAGACACGUCGUUCUCAACGGAUACCGAGCCAUUCAAUUCGAUGAAACGACAGUGACAAUCGACAAAUCUAGUAAAAUAGGAAAAACUAUUCCCUAUGAUAUUCUCCUGCUCGCCACAGGCUCCAACUACGCGUUUCCAUGCCGUCCUGAUACCCAAUCCUUCACCAUGAAAGAUCAUCUGAAGAACAUGCAAGGCGAAAUCGAGAAUUCUGGAAAGAUCGUUAUAGUCGGUGGAGGCUCACUCGGUGUUGAGAUGAGCGGUGAGGUUCGCGAGAGGUACAAAGACAAGGAAGUUACGUUGGUUCAUUCACAUGGCGAUCUCUGCGGCAAAGAAGUGGGCCUGCACGGUGAGGUGUACUCCCAAUUAACAAGGAAGGGCGUGAAGGUUGUGCUCAAUGAGCGCGUUGAUAACAUUGGUGAGCUGCAGUUCGGAUAUGGCGAAGAACGCACUAUCAGAACCACCUCAGGAAAAGAAUUUAGAGCUGAUUUCGUCUUCAACGCUAUGGGUACUAAGCCAAAUGUUUCUCUUGUUCAGGACUUUGACACUAGCCUUAUCUCGGAAAAAGGAUUGGUGAAGGUCAACGACUUCCUACAAGUUGAUUCACCAAAGCUAAGGAAUGUAUUUGCAAUGGGUGAUAUAGUAAAUAUCGACGAGCUCAAGACAUUCGUAAAUGCCAAUCGCCACUCAAGUUACAUAGCUGCGAACAUACUCAGCCUCGCAAAUGGUAACGAAGCUUCGAAGAAAUACUCAACCGGCCCAACAAUCAUGGGUGUCGCUGUGGGUAUGACAGGCGGUGCAAUCAGACUUGGCUGGUUCUCAUUUGGAGCGUGGGCAGGCUCUUUCAAAGCUCGCAGUCUCUUCACAGAUAGCUUCCAGAGUUCGUACAAGCAAUUAGAAUAG